AUGGGGGGUCGGCGACGUGGCAGGCGAUGGUGCAGGAUGUUAGUGGGAAGCUGGGGAGUUUGGUGGAUGUUUUGGUGGCGAUUGAGGGUCAGAUUAUGGAGAAUCCGGAGAUUUAUGCGGAUUUUAUGCAUCAGGAAUGGGCGGAGUUGAAGAAGAAUGCGCAGGAGGUGCUUAAUAUUUUGGGGGCUUAGGUGCUUCUAAAUGGUGUUCCAGAUAAG